AUGACACAAAACAAUAAUGACAACGAACAGGAAAAAUCCUAUUAUGAAGAAAUUAGUCAAAGCAAAGUUACACAUAAGUCCAAAGGUUUAUCCAAAAGUUUCGUUUGGGACUAUUUUCGAAAAGACAAAAAUGGUAUAACUGCAACUUGUCAAGUUAUAUUGGAUGAUGGAACAGAAUGUGGAAUCUCAUAUAACGAUGGCUCAACAACUUCAAAUUUAAUUAAUCAUCUUGCACUAUUGAUUAAAACUUUAAAAUCAUCACUUCAACAAUUUUAUAUUGAAUCAGUUACAACAGACAUAAGCGAAUUAACAAUUCUUGAUUCUAUGGAAGAAAUUAUAGAGGAUACAAAAGAUUUUGUUGAAAUUAAGGAAGUUGAUUUAACAGGAAUUGUUCAUAAAAAAAUUGAUAUUUUAGUUCCAAUGGUUACUGUCGGGAUGCUUGAAAAAGUUAAAAAAGUACUUUAUGAUAGUAUGCACAAGUAUUGGCAAUCAGUUUCAGAUAUCGGUAUGCUAGCAUGUUUACUUGAUCCACGUUUUAAAAAAUUGCGCUUUGCAAAUGCAACUAUAAUUCAAAAAACUAAUGAAAAGUUAAGAGAAUUAUAUGAAUCAGAGAGUAAAACUUAUACGGCUCCUAAAUAUUCAGUAUCUUUGUCUAAUAUUCAAAAUGAAGAUUUAGAAACUAGUAGAGUUCAAAAGAAACGAAAAUCAAUUUUAUUAGAUUUUUAUGUUGACAACAAUAAUAAGAUUAGUGAAAUUGAUGAAUACUUAUCUUUGGAAGAGGAAGGAAGACGAACAGAUCCUUUUCAAUGGUGGAAUAUUAAAAAAACCCGAUUUCCAAUAUUAUCAAAAAUUGCUCGAAAGUAUUUAUGUGUAUCAGCAACUUCAGUCUCAUCAGAACGGCUAUUUUCAGAUGUAGGAAAUAAUAUUACAGCAAAACGCACAAAUCUUAAUCCAGAAUUG